AAUCAUCAUUCGCAGACCGAGUACGGAUUCCAUGGAGGUGGAUGAAAACCAGCCUGAUGAGAACCAACCUGAUGUGAGAAGGGAUGCCUUGAGCACAGAUGUACCUCCUCCACACCCGUACCAUGAUUAUGCUGUUCCACCGCUGACACCAGAGGAACAACUUGAGGCGGCUCGCAAGCACAUCAUUGAGCAAGACAAGUUAAUAGCACAACUUAAAGAUAAAGUGUUCAGUGUGUCAAGAUUCCAGUGUGAUGAUGGUCAGAUGUCAUUUUACACUGGAUUCCCAGACUAUGACACCUUUAAAGCUGUGUAUAUGACUCUACAGCCCACAGCCACGAACAUGGUUGGAUGGAGUCAGGCUCAAAGGCUCAAACAAACAGAAGUACAGGUCACUAGACAGGCAUUUAAUAUCCCCAAACUUGCAACUAUGGACCAGUUCUUUCUCUUUCUCUGUUGCCUCAGACAGGGGUUUGCUGAGCAGGACCUUGCGGUGCGCUUUGGUGUGUCACAGUCAACUGUGAGCAGAAUCUGUGUCACCUGGGCUAACUAUCUAUACUUCAUGUUAGGAUCUCUCCCCAUUUGGCCUUCAAAAGCCACAGUAGAUGAAUGUAUGCCUACUUGUUUUCGAAACACUUACCCAGACACCAGAGUCAUUCUAGACUGUACAGAAAUAUAUGUGCAAAUGCCUAGUUUGAAGGUACUUAAAUCCAAAAUCUAUUCCCAUUACAAGGGCAACCCAACUUUCAAAGGCCUGAUUGGAAUUGCCCCGUCUGGUGAGGUGUCAUUCGUUAGUGACCUGUACACAGGCUCCAUAUCCGAGAAGGAGAUUACAGAAUUGUCCGGCAUCCUAGCAAUGCUUGAAGAAGGCGAUUUAGUCAUGGCAGACAAAGGGUUUCUGAUUAAGGAAAUGCUAUCAAAAUUAAAUGUCUCCCUUGUGACUCCACCCUUUUUAGGCCCAAGUGGCACUUUCAAUGCAGAUGAAGUCACAGAAACACAAACAGUCGCAAGACUUCGUAUUCAUGUUGAACGUGCGAUAAGGAGAAUAAAAGAAUUCCACAUAUUUGAUGGCGUCAUUCCCAUGACACUAGUAGGCUCUGUUAACCAGAUGUGGGCAGUGAGUGCAAUGUUAACAAACUUCCAAGGCCCAUUAUUCUGAAAUUCUGAAAAAUUCAGUCACAAGUGAAACAGGAAACAUACAUUGAAUUGAUGUUUAUUUGUACAAAUCUCUCAUGCUUCAAAUGUACAUG